AUGUCAAAUUUAAAUUAUUCAAGAGUUCCUGCUGGCACUUUUAUUGAAUUUCAGGUUGUUAUUUUAACUAAUGAUGAAAAUAAUUUUACGAAUGAAUUAUGUGAUAAUAAAUGUAAAGCGUUGAUAAAAAUAUGUAAUAGAUGUAUGAUUUAUUAUAUAAUUAAAAAUAUAAUUGAACAGAAAUUAAAAUACAUAACAAUUGUUGUUAAUGGAAAAUAUUAUAAUGAUAUGGUGAACUAUAUAAAUGAAGCAUUUCCAGAUAAUUAUAAAUUUGAUGAUAAAAAAAGUAAAAAUAAUUACUGUAUAGAUAUAGAAUCUUAUUCUACAAGUGAUAAUGAAGAUAUUGGUUCUGUUCAAUGUUUAUUACAAAUAAAAAAUAAAAUAAAAACAGAUUUUAUAGUUGUUAGUUGUGAUAUUUUAGGAUUUGUUGAUUUUCAUUCAUUAGCAAAUUUAUUUAGAGGAGAAAAUGCUAUGUGUGGAAUAUUGCUAUUGGAGGAUGAUCAAAUAAAAAGCACAGAAAAAAAAAAAAAAGAAAUUAAAGAUGAAUAUUUAAAUUUAGAAAAUCAUGUAUGGGUGUGUAUAGAUAAAAAUAGUAGAGUUGUUAGUAUAAAAGAUUCUUUAUCAAUGAAGCAAAAUGGGAAAUUAAAAAUAAGUAAAAUAAAUUUAUUACUUCAUAAAAAUUUUCUUCUUAAAACAGAUCUAUUAGAUAGCCACGUUUAUAUUUUUAAGCAUUAUAUUUUAAAUAUAUUAGAACAUAAAGAAAAAAAAUUCACCAGUAUAAAGUAUGACUUAAUACCUUAUUUAGUAAAAAUACAAAAUACACCAGUAUCAUCAAGAUAUUGUAAAUCUGAAUUUAAAUUUAAUAUGUAUAAUACUUUAAUUGAUAAAUAUGAAGGUACAAAUGAUAACGAGAUAAAAAAAGUAUUACCAAUAGCAGAUAUCAUUGAUAACCAUGAAAAUGUUGAAAGUGUUGUUUGUUAUGUACAACCAAAAACUACAGGAUUUUGUCAGAGGAUUAAUAACAUACCUAAUUUCUUUAAAGCUAAUCUACUUUUUUGCGUUACUAGACAUGAUCAACUAAAGAAUGUUUUGCCUCCUUAUUGUUUUUUUCUCUUAACAGAAAAAAACCAAUCUUAUAGGGAUUGUAUAAUUAGUAGCCAUUUUAACCAUGAAGAAAAUGUACUUUUGAAAAAAUCAGUACUUGGCAAAAAUAUUAAAAUAAAAAAAAAUACUUCUAUUUUUAGAAGUAUCUUAAUGGAUAAUAUAACAAUUAAUGAAAAUUGUGUAAUUCAAAACUCCAUUAUUUGUGAUAAUGUUGUUAUUGAAAAUAAUUGCAAACUAAUUGAUUGUAUUGUAAAAGAAAAUAGUGUAAUUGAAAAAGAUGGUAUUUUUGAAAAAGAAACCUUACCACUAUUUAUUUCACAAUAA